AUGACGAAGGCGAGCCCGGCCGACGCGGCGAGCGAAGGGAUCCGAAGGCUCACCUAUCUAUCCCUCGUCUCCAAGGUCUCCUCGGAGCUGGAGGCCCACCUCGGCGACGUCCAACGCAACGUCGCCGAGUUCAUCGUCCAGGAGGUGUUUGUCAAGGUCGUAUCCGUGCAGUGGGGCAAUCUGGAAUUGUCGAUGGUGGACAUCGAUCAGGAAACUGGAAGGGCGCUCCCGCCACCACGGCGUGAUGGUCAGGAUGCUGUUCGGAGGGCGAAUCGAUCUGCUGGUCCUGCCGGAACCUCUGGGAAGAGGAUUGGGCUGUCUGGAAUUGUGAUUGAGGAGGACGGUGCUCGGCCUGCACCACGAAGGCCGGUCAGGCGAAUGAGCUCCCCGGAGAGAUGGGAGCUGAAACAGCUGAUUGCUUCGGGGGCACUGAAUGUGAGAGACUGCCCUGCGAUCGAUGAUGAUGAUGGGGGGAUACAUUACCAGGAAGAAGCAGAAGAAGUAGAGGAGGAGCUCGAGAUUGAGCUUAACGAAGAUGAGCCGCCGUUCUUAUCUGGACAGGGCCGGUCCUCGAUUGACUUGUCCCCGGUGAGGAUUUCCAAGAACCCUGAGGGGUCACUGAGCCGAGCGGCGGCACUGCAGACUGCGCUUUUCAAGGAACGGCGUGAUAUUCGUAGUCAGGAGCAGAGAGCAUUGCUUGAUUCCAUCCCCAAGGAUCUGAAUCGGCCGUGGGAGGAUCCUUUACCUGAUGCAGGUGGGCGGUGCCUCGCACAGGAACUGAGGGGUGCCGGCUUAUCAGCACAGAGCAUGCCGGAGUGGAAGAAACGGGCUUAUGGGAAGACCGGAACAUUUGGGAAGAGGUCGAGCCUUCCGAUACAGGAUCAGAGGCAGCAGCUUCCCAUUUACCGUCUGAAGAAUGAGCUUGUGAAAGCUCUACAUCACCAUCAAGUUUUGGUUGUUAUCGGGGAGACAGGGUCAGGGAAAACUACGCAGGUUACUCAGUACCUUGCUGAGGCAGGCUAUACUGAAGCUGGAAAAAUUGCGUGUACGCAGCCUCGCAGGGUUGCUGCGCAGUCUGUUGCAAAGCGGGUAGCAGAGGAGUUUGGUUGCCCAUUGGGAGAGGAAGUUGGUUAUUCUAUACGCUUUGACGAUCGAACUGGACCUGAUACGGUCAUUAAGUACAUGACAGACGGCAUGCUCCUACGGGAGAUUAUGGUAGACAAGAACCUCUCUUGUUAUUCUGUGGUCAUGCUUGAUGAGGCACAUGAGAGGACCAUCUAUACAGACAUUCUCUUUGGCUUGCUGAAGCAGCUCAUUAGGCGGAGAACUGAUCUCAAGUUAAUUGUCACUUCCGCCACUCUUGAUGCAGAGAAAUUCUCUAGAUAUUUUUUUAAUUGCAACAUUUUCACGAUUCCAGGGAGAACGUUUCCCGUGGAGAUACUAUAUGCAAAGGAGCCACAGAGCGAUUACAUGGAUGCUGCAUUGAUCACAGUAUUGCAGAUCCAUCUGAGUCAACCCGAAGGUGAUAUCCUCUUGUUCUUGACAGGCCAGGAAGAGAUUGAUCAGGCCUGUAACUCUCUUCAUGAGAGGAUGAAGGUGCUGGGUAACGAUGUACCAGAGUUGCUAGUCAAUCCAGUUUACAGUGCUCUUCCAACUGAAAUGCAGUCAAAGAUUUUUGAACCUGCUCCUCUUGGGAAGAGGAAGGUGAUUGUGGCCACCAACAUAGCCGAAGCAUCUAUUACGAUAGAUGGGAUAUACUAUGUUGUUGAUCCAGGCUUUGCAAAACUCAAUGUGUAUAACCCGAAACGAGGACUGGAUUCACUGGUUAUCACUCCGAUCUCACAGGCAUCAGCUAAACAAAGAGCAGGACGUGCUGGGCGUACGGGCCCAGGCAAGUGUUACCGUCUGUACACUGAGAGCGCCUAUCGUAAUGAAAUGCCCGCCACGACUAUUCCAGAAAUUCAGAGGAUUAACCUGGGGUGGACGGUUCUUAAUAUGAAGGCAAUGGGGAUAAAUGAACUAGUGUCAUUCGACUUCAUGGACCCUCCAGCACCUCAAGCACUUAUCUCUGCUAUGGAACAGCUAUACAGCCUUGGUGCCUUGGAUGAAGAAGGCCUACUUACCAAGCUGGGGAGAAAGAUGGCUGAGUUUCCACAAGAACCACCACUUUCAAAAAUGCUCCUUGCCAGUGUGGACCUCGGAUGCAGUGAUGAAAUAGUGACUAUCAUUGCAAUGAUCCAAACUGGCAAUAUAUUCUACCGGCCAAGGGAAAAACAAGAUCAGGCAGAUCGGAAGAGGGGCAACUUUUUCCAGCCAGAAGGGGAUCACAUCACAUUACUCACUGUGUAUCAGGCGUGGAAGGCAAAGCAGUUUUCAGGGCCAUGGUGCUUCGAGAAUUUUCUCCAGAUAACAUCACUAAGGAGGGCACAGGAUGUGAGGAAGCAACUCCUGGAGAUCAUGGACAGGUAUCGGCUUGACGUUGUCUCUGCCGGCAACGAUCUCACCAAGGUAAGGAGAGCCAUUGCCGCAGGUUUCUUCUUCAACUCUGCCAAGAAGGAUCCCCAGGGAGGAUACAGGACACUUGCUGAUCAUCAGCAGGUGUAUAUCCACCCAAGCAGCGCCCUCUUUCAUCAGCAGCCAGAGUGGGUGAUUUACAAUGAGAUUGUCAUGACCACAAAAGAGUACAUGAGGGAGGUGACAGCCAUCAACCCAGCGUGGCUCGUCGAGCUGGCACCAAGGUUCUACAGAUCCGUGGACUCGGCAAAGAUGAGCAAGCGGAAGCGCCAGGAGAGGAUCGAGCCUCUGUACGACAGAUACAACGAGCCCAACUCGUGGCGCCUCAGCAAGCGCCGUGGGUGA